AUGUUGCACACCGAGGGCCACGCUCUGCUUCGGGCUGUGGGUCAGGGUAAGCUACGCUUGGCCCGUUUGCUUCUGGAGGGAGGCGCCUACGUGAAUGAGGGUGAUGCGCAGGGGGAGACUGCGCUAAUGGCAGCCUGUCGGGCCCGCUACGACGACCCCCAGAACAAGGCACGCAUGGUACGCUACCUCCUGGAGCAAGGAGCGGACCCCAACAUCGCAGACCGAUUAGGGCGCACGGCGCUCAUGCACGCCUGCGCCGGGGGUGGGGGCGCCGCGGUGGCCUCGCUGCUCCUUGCCCACGGCGCAGACCCCUCAGUCCGAGAUCACGCGGGUGCCUCGGCUCUUGUCCACGCCCUGGACCGCGGGGACCGCGAAACCCUUGCCACACUGCUGGACGCCUGCAAGGCCAAGGGCACGGAGGUCAUCAUCAUCACCACCGAUACCUCUCCGUCAGGCACCAAGAAGACCCGGCAGUAUCUCAAUUCUCCACCAUCCCCAGGGGUGGAGGACCCUGCUCCCGCCUCUCCUAGCCCGGGGGUCUGCACGUCGCCCUCGGAAAUCCAACUGCAGACCUCAGGAGGAGGAGGGCGUGGGAUGUUGUCCCCUCGCGCCCAGGAAGAAGAGGAGAAGCGGGACGUAUUUGAAUUCCCUCUUCCUAAGGCCCCCGAUGACCCAUCCCCUUCCGAGCCGCUCCCCAAACCACCACGCCAUCCCCCAAAACCACUCAAAAGGCUCAACUCCGAGCCGUGGGGCCUAGUGGCCCCUCCUCAACCAGUCCCACCCACCGAAGGGAGACCGGGGAUCGAGCGCUUGACUGCCGAACUCAAUGGCCUGACCCUGACCGGUCGACCCCGUCUUUCCCGACGUCACAGCACCGAAGGCCCUGAGGACCCGCCGCCAUGGGCGGAGAAAGUGACUAGCGGGGGUCCUCUCUCUCGGCGAAACACAGCACCAGAAGCUCAGGAGUCUGGUCCCCCUUCAGGGCUGAGGCAGAAACUGAGCCGCAUGGAGCCAGUGGAGCUCGACACCCCUGGACACCUUUGCCCUGACUCGCCUGAGUCCAGCCGCCUGUCCCUGGAGCGCCGCCGAUAUAGCGCCUCCCCGUUGACCCUCCCUCCAGCUGGCUCGGCUCCCUCUCCGCGCCAGUCCCAGGAGAGUCUGCCAGGGGCAGUAUCUCCGCUAAGCGGACGGAGGCGGAGUCCGGGGCUGCUGGAGCGGAGGGGCUCGGGGACGUUGCUCCUGGACCACAUCUCGCAAACGCGGCCGGGUUUCCUACCCCCUCUCAACGUCAGUCCCCACCCUCCCAUCCCUGACAUUCGCCCACAACCCGGAGGUCGGGCGCCUUCGUUGCCUGCCCCUCCUUAUGCCGGGGCGCCAGGCUCUCCCAGGACCAAGCGCAAACUGGUGAGACGCCACUCCAUGCAGACUGAGCAGAUCCGCCUGCUAGGGGGCUUCCAGAGUCUAGGUGGGCCUGGGGAGCCAGGGCGCUGAGAGGAGUGAGAGGAGCCAAGGAGGGUGGGGAUUAGGACCUUAAUGGGAUAGGUGGGAGAACCAGCUCACACACACACCACGAACAUAGGGAUCUCUUGCAUGUGCUCAUGGGUGCACAGUGCACCCACACAUGGUUAAACAUGUGUCCAUAAGCACAGUAUUCUUAUUAGCAAGAAAGAAUAAGUACUCUAUUUACUGGGUAUAUAGACACAUGUAUUCAUGCCCUGGUCAUUUCACGUGCAUAUGGGAUUACUUGUGUACCUACAGGCACAGCACAUCAAUAAACACACAGGGCUAGGGUCCCAAACUCUCUUGCACUUUUUCAGAAGCAGUAGGGAACCCUUACUUAUGGGCAGUCUCCGAUGUCUUUGCCCUCCUGCAGAAGCAAUCCCUUGCUUUCCAUGUAUGCCCUGCAACACAGCCUAUCAUGAUUUUGCACACUCUACUCUCUCCGUGAACAUCCCAGCCCGUUCUGCAGGUCUUGCUUCUUUCUCCAGGCCUGGCUCCUUACUCACACCCUGCUUCCAACCCCAACCACUUUUCAGGAUAUCUUUUUCACUCUUCUUGGGGGUUCCUGCAGCAACCCCCAGCCUCAGUUCUGCUGCUGUCUUUACUGCUCUGAACUUCACUUCUCAACGUCCUGCUUUUUAUUCCCACCCUGUUCCUCCAACAACUACAACAGAUUGUCUCAUUUUCCCAGGGGGUGGGUCAUGGGCUCUAAGCUGCUCUUCUGUCUGUCUGAGCUUAUGAACACCCCCACAGGUAGAAGUGGGGAGAAACCCUAAAUCACUCCUCUCUCCACUUGACAUAUCAAAUAAAUGUGUUCAGAAGUC